UGCAACACAUGCAUAUCUCAUGGCUAUUUGAUCUCUUCCAUUAAUUCUUUCAAAACACCACUCAAAUGGGAGAGUUCAAGUGUGGCUUUGCUUCUUUCUUGGUUAAUCUUGCAUUUUGUCUUUCAUUUAACAUUGUUCUCUUAGUUCACAGCCAGCUUUUGCCUAUAGUCAGUGACCGUGGAGAAAACACUAGUCAAAUCCAAACCUACAUUGUUCACGUACUGAAGCCAAAGGGCUCAAAAUUUUUAGGUGCUGAGGAUUUACAGAAAUGGCACAAAUCCUUUUUGCCAAACAAUACUUUAGACACAGGCGAGCCGCGGUUGCUUUACUCAUAUAAAGAAGCAAUUAGCGGGUUUGCAGCAAAAUUAACACCCGAAGAAGUGAGAGGCAUGGAGAAGAUGAACGGAUUUCUGCGUGCCAAUCCGAGCAAGCGGCUUCAAGUUCAAACAACAUAUACACAUAAAUUACUAAACUUGAGCACUUUAUUUGGAGCUUGGUCGACAAGCAACUCAUUUUACGGCGAGGGGAUCAUCAUCGGAGUGAUAGAUACAGGUAUUCACUUGCCCCAUCCAUCUUUUGCAGACAUAGGAAUGCCACCACUCCCAAGAGGAUGGAAUGCAAGUUGUAACCUCCCAAGAGGGUCUUGCAAUGGUAAAGUCAUUGGAGCACAAUCUUUCAAAAAAGGUAAUACAAGCAAUCCACCAACAGACAUAGACCAAGGUCAUGGAACCCAUGUGGCUGGCAUUGCAGCAGGCAACUUUGUGGAUAAUGCAGAUGUCCUCCGACUUGCUUCUGGAAGAGCUUCAGGGAUGGCACCAAAAGCAUAUAUAUCAGUGUACAAGGUGUGCUGGGAAGAUAUAGGUUGUGACGUGGAUGAUAUCAUAGCAGGUAUAGAUCAGGCAAUUCUAGAUGGUGUGCAUAUCCUCCAAAUGUCCUUUGGAGCAGAUCCUCCUGAUUUGCCCACUUCCUUAGAUGAGGAUGAAUUAGCUUUUGCCACUUACUCAGCAAUGCAAAAAGGGAUUUUCUCUUGCACAACUGCCGGUAACAAUGGUCCGGACCGGGAGACAUUGAGUCAUGCUGCUCCGUGGGAUAUGGUUGUCGGUGCAACCACUACAGAUCGAAGAAUAAGAACAACUGUAACACUGGGCGAUGGGAAGCAAAUAUUCCACGGAGAAAGCGCCUAUCAACCCAACACAAUUACUAACCAGUUUUUUCCUCUUGCUUUUCCGGGCAGCAAUGGGCAAUGGGACCAACUGUUUUGCUUGAAUAAUUCUUUGAAUGGCUUCAAUGUUAAGGGAAAGAUUGUGAUGUGCGAAGUUGGAGAGAUAGAUGACAUUGAAAAGGGUGGCUUCGUUAGGAAUGCUGGAGGCGCUGGCAUGAUCCUUAUGAAUGAUGACAUCUCAGGGUACACAACAUCUUCAGACGCUCACCAUCUCCCGGUAUCACAUGUGAGCUACAAAGAUGCCAUGCAAAUUAAAAAUUAUUUUAUGUCAAACUCUACACCAACAGCAAAGAUCACCUUCGGUGGCACCAUAUUUGGAAUUCGCCCAGCUCCAGCAUUGGCUUCCUUCUCAUCGAGAGGCCCAGCCAAGUAUAAUAGACACAUUGUGAAGCCGGACGUCACUGCACCUGGAGUGAAUAUUCUAUCAGCAUGGCCAGUAGAUGUUGGGCCCUUCCCAUCCAGUCUUAAAAAAAACACAUUUAACUUCGUGAGUGGCACAUCCAUGGCCGCACCUCAUGUUUCUGGAAUUGUCGCUCUUAUCAUGAGCAAGUUAAAGAAUGACAACAAGCGUAUAUGGUCAACAUCAGAGAUCCAAUCAGCACUCAUCACCACAGCCAACGCAUUCGACUUAGAUGGAAAACCAAUCUUCGAUGAGGCAACUUUGAACGACAGCGCCAACAUUCUCCAACGAGGAGCAGGACAAGUCAAUGCAACAAAUGCCAUGGAUCCAGGUCUCGUCUACAACAUUGAACAAGAUGAUUAUGUUGCCUAUCUUUGCGGAAUUUAUUCUAAUAACAGUACAAUUGUGCAAAGCUUCACACAGGAUAACACCCAGUGUACUAGAUCCAUCUCUGGUAAGCGACUCAAUUAUCCCUCAAUUGGCAUACGGAUGAGAUCAAGAUCAUCAAGGACCACUAUUAUGAGAACUGUGACGAACGUGGGUGAUGCUAGGGAAAUCUACAAUGUGACAUGGAUAGAACCACCAUUUGUGAAAAUCUACUUCUCUCAAUACAAGCUUAGCUUCACCAGAUUAGAACAACAAAUUAGCUAUAAUAUUACAUUCACCAUGAAUGGUUCUCACCCAGGUUUUGGAGUCAUUGGACAAGGACAAUUGUCAUGGGUCUCCAACAAGCACACUGUCACAAGUCCCAUCUACAUUGCAUUCUAAAAUCCAUAAAUGAAGUAAUCACGGAAUGUAAUAAGCUUGUGUUAAGUGAUUGUGUUGCCUUGAACAAAAUUCCUGGUGAAAAUAAUGUCUUCAUAAUCAAGGA